ACUCAGACAUUUCUGUGGAACUCAAUCCAGUAAUAUGUGAGUUAUGCUGCAGGAUGAGUAACAUGGAAGUUGUAGAAAGCCAAGAGUAGGAUUGCAUCAUCUUCUUGUGAAGCAGGAAGAGAAACCUUGUACCCACCCCGAAUCCACCUGUUGAUUUAUAUCUUAUGAUGGGUUUUCCUAUGCAAUGCUCUUAGGGCUACCAAACGAACAGGUGGAAGAACAUCUCUACGACCUCUGUUGUUCUGGAGAAAAUGGAGCCUCAAAGGAGAGUGUACAUAUCUCUCCCUAAAAAACACAGGACCGCUUUGGCCGAAAAGUGUAAACUGGAUCACGGGCUUGUCAUUAAGGAUCUCAGCACUAACAUAAAUGAAGGAUACCUACAAGCUUACUUCCGACAGUGGGGCAGCAUUACAGCAUGCACGAUCAAGAAGACUCCACAGGACUCUGACUCAAAGAGUGCCAGUGCGUUGGGAUACGUGAGUUUUUCCUCUGAGGAGGAGGCAGAUACAGCAGACUGGGCGGGUCCUCACUAUAUAGGAGGCAUGGAAGUGGAGGCCAAGAGAGUUGUCAGUCUGAAGAUGGAUGACCCAGAAGGUUGAGGUCAUCCCAGCCAGGUCUAUCCGCAGACGUGACCAUGGGUCUGUUCAUCAAUUGAGCAUCUUGGAGAAUGUAUCAGAGGCCGGAUGAUACUGUACCUACGUUAUUUUUAAAGCAAUUUUGGAUGGGAUACAUGGAUUAUUUGUUGAAAAAUAAAUGUAGAUUAUAAUUUC